AUGUCGGGCUUUGGCGACUUCACCUGGAUCUGCGAGAAUGCGCCGCUGCCGCUGUGCGCCUCGGUCGGUCCACGGCUCGCCGGCGUCGGCCACGUCGGAAUCGAGCCCUCAUGCUACGCGCGCAACAUCGAGCUGGCCAACACCAUCAUCUUCGAGGGCGCCGCCUCAGCCACGCACAUCUUUGCGCUUUUCAUGACGGUCGUCAUGAUCUUGCACGUCCGCUCCAAGUUCACCGCCGUCGGACGUCGCGAGAUCUUGACCUUUUUUUAUCUCUACAUGCUGCUGUCGUUCUUCUCGCUCGUUGUUGACGCCGGUGUCGUGCCGCCCGGGUCCGGCCCUUACCCGUACUUUGUCGCCGUGCAGGGCGGCCUGACGAGCGCACUCGUCACGUGUCUGCUCAUCAACGGCUUCGUCGGAUUCCAGCUGUAUGAGGACGGCACGCCGCUCUCGGUGUGGCUGCUACGCAUGUGCUCGCUCGUUGCGUUUGCUAUUACCUUUCUUGUCGCCAUCGGCACCUUCAAAGGCUGGGCCGGCCUCUCGCCCACCAGCACGGUCGGCCUGUUUGUCGUCCUGUACCUGCUCAACGCCAUCCAGCUGUUUGUCUACGUCGUCAUGCAGGUGCUCCUCGUCACGCGCACCCUGCAGGAUCGCUGGCCGCUCGGUGACAUUGCCUUUGGUGUCUUCUUCUUUGUCAUCGGCCAAGUCAUGCUGUACGCCUUUUCCGCAAAACUGUGCCGCGCAAUCAGCCACUAUCUUGACGGGCUUUUCUUUGCCACUGUCUGCAACCUGCUCGGCGUAAUGAUGGUCUACAAGUACUGGGACUCCAUCACAAAGGAGGACCUCGAAUUUUCCGUGGGCACUCGUAUGAACAACUGGGAGGUCAAGGAGUUACUUCCUGAGGAGGAUCGCCGUGCUACAAUGUACAUGGACGAUCCCUACGCUCAGACAACGGCCUACGACAUGCCGUACUCGCCCACAGCACGCUAUUCGGCAAAGUACUAG